AUGUCGCGCGAGAAGUCCUGCUUUACGGGGUCGACCGGGAAGGUCUACUCGACCCCCUCCCUCUUCAAGGACUACAACAAGUCCACGAAUGACCUCCUCAAUAAGAAUUUCCCUGCCGCAAACACAUGGGUUCUGGAGUGCAAGCACAAGGGCCCCAAGGACACCUUCUUCAUCAACCCCCAGGUCAACUCCAGUGGAAAGAUGUUGGCUGAUAUCGAGUACGUCGCGGCGUGCAACGGCGGCCUAAAGGUCACCCUGACCCCUGACAUCAUGCGCGAGCUCAAGGGAACGGCUCACUACACACUCCAUGGCCACAAGGUGGAGGUGAUGGUUCAGCGCCUCCAGAAUAAGUGCCACUACGAGAUCAGUCACGAGACGUGCGUGGCUCUCUCGAAGCUCGCGAGCAUCAACGAGAAAAUCACGCCGGAGCAUGUGGAGCUCGGCAUGGGCAUCGACGUGGCGCCAAACUGCCAGGUCGGCUGCGGUGCCGUCUACAACAUUUGCGCGAACGACUGCAAUUGGAAUUUGGGUUGCCGCUACGCGGAUAAGGGCUUCGAGGUGGCGCUCCGCACGAACCGCUUCAAGACAUGCCAUACAAGCGCCAGCUUUCCGUACUCCUUCAUGCUGUGUGGCAACAAGUGCGUGGUGCGCGCUGCCGUUGAGGUGGUGUGCGGGUGCGGCUGUGGCGACAAGGGUACCGCCGUCACCGCGGGUAUUGAGUCCACGUGUCCGGUGCUGCCGGCCAACACAAUCAAGGCUCGCAUUAACCGUGACAUGAACUGGGUGGUCUCCUACAUCGCAAAGAUGGCGGACAACUGGGCUGUGUGCCUGUCGCUGGACGAGAAUCUGAAGGUCGGUGUGCAGCUGACACACUCGUAG